AUGUGCAAACGGACUGUACCGCAAAUCAAUGAACAUCAAAAACGUCUUCCCAAAGUAUGUAGUAUGGAUUUCGCGUUCCAUGCAAAUUUUAAAGCUCUUAAUGUCAUUUCUCCCCGAGUUAGUAACUCCGGUUACCUCCUUCAAGUCGACUGAAUAGAAGAGACUCAACACACGAUUAUUAAGAUCAACGUUUUUUUCAUUGAAAAGUAUCGAAAAGAAAUAUCGAGUCCCUGGCGUUACUAUAUAUAAUUAUAUAUAUAGCCUGCAUCGAUGACUAAUGAAUUUGAAUAUCUGCGUCUCAAAUCGUGACGCGAAAUUCUCAUUGGUCAGAUGCUAUAAUUUAUAUGUUUCCGCUGAGCUCUAUAUAUGUCAACUGCUGAAGCACUAUGCAUAAAAAACACAUUAACUGACCAAAUUGGUCUUGGUCAUCUUACCUCAAAGCACGAAAUGUUCUGUUUUGAGAAAACAGUAUUUAAAACAUUUGAACUUUUGCUUGAAUAUCUUAUAUUUCGAAAAACCGUAUAAACUGUACGGUCUAAAUUUAGUUUGCACGGCCUAAAUUUAGUUUGCACGAAAGUUGUAAACAACACCAUAUAAGGAUAGACAUUCCAUAUUUGGAAAAACGAAAGUUAUGGGGCAGAUAUUCAAAUUCAUUAGUCAUCGAUGCAGGCUCUCAAUUCAGCUUGAGAGCUUGUUCGCAGGCUAAUGGCCAAUUAACGGUUGGUGUUACGAAGCCUGUUUAGCAUAAACAGCGGUUAGGCCAAGACUAAAAAUAGAACUUAAUAUAUACAUCUUGCAAACGAGUGAACUUUAAUGCAAUAAAUAUGUAGUUGGAAACUAAAUUCUUCUCUUUAAUUUAAAACUAGUUAGUUAAGUUGUUCAACGAAUCUAUAAACUUGUUCUCUAUUUUGACCGUACAGCAUAUUCACCGUUAAAGGUAGAUGGACACCUCCUGUAAAAGUAUUAAUUAAUUUACAAUUCUGUGAUUUAGGUUCGUGGACAGGACUACGCUAUUGAUCUUUGUGGAACAUUCGACGUUCUAGAGCCUGUCAUAUCAUUGAUGCUAAGAACACAAGCUGUAAAUCUUCCACCUUGGAAGAUUGUUACGUGGUUUUCGAGAGUGAUCAAGAUCUUGAAGGUGAUGGAAACAAACCUUGAAGUGGUGGACAGGAGCAAAACCGUCUGAAGAGAAGUUGCCGAAGCUUUCUAAGCACUGGGAAGAAUUGACUCCACCCACGAGUUCUGAUGAUGAAGGUAAAGAUGAAGUGGAUUAUGGUGCCUUUCAGGUAAUUAUACUAUGAAAAACCCGAUCGUUUCACGAAAUUAGGAAAUGUUAAAUCUAAUUAUUUUACUUAACACUUGACAAAUGCAGUGUUGGGUUUUUUCCAUGUGUAUCAUGCCUACUUUAGAAUUGUAUCAUGCCUAUUUUAAAAUUGUACUCUUAAUUAUUUGUUUUAGGGUAACCCAGUUUUAGCCGGCUAGUUAGUAGUUGGUCAGACCACUGAGAUGAUACACGGCAAGAAGAAGACUACUUAUACCUAGGAUGCUUGGUCUCCACAAGAUUGCGUUAAAGAUCUUGUCACACUUUGCAAAGAUCUUCGGGUUGGUCUUCACGCUCGGUUCACAAACAUUGUACCGACUUCAGUCAAGAUGCUGUGCAAUGUCUUUGAUUUCGAGAAGAUAGCAAGGCACAUGUGCAAUUACAAAGUUGAGGAUGGAAGGCUAGUUAUAGAGCGUGACGACCGAAUCCAAUGGGAAACAAGCGGCAACAAUGAGUUCCACGAGUUCUUCAAGCAUGUCUGCGCUUUGCCACAUGUCCAAGCUCUUGCCGACUCAAAUCACGAUUUGGAUCUUCUGCCGACAGAUAGCAAUGCGGUACUGAAGAGAUUCAAGACAACAUUACAGAAGAUUUUUUGGACGGAGUUGGGAAACUGCUUUGACGAGCUAUUCGUUGAUCGUAACGGUAAACUCAUAAGCGAAUUCCAAAAUACCAAAGUUGCAUGA